CUUCCUCCUACCACUUCGACAGCUCAAACACCCUCACAUCUGGUGUCAAUUCCCUCCCAUGUUCCGCUUGCUCCAACCCCAGAUGAGAUCUGCCCACCACAAGCUGGGAUCAAACCCAAGGGCUUCUGGGCCAUCAUAGUUGGGCAAGAAGUUGGUGUAUUUUAUUGUUGGUCAGUUGGUGGUAUUCAGAAAUGGUACCCAUCUUUCCAACAAGCUCUUCAAGCAUACACCGUCAAGUACAAUGAAUCCAGUGUCCAUGCUGUUCCGAUUCCGGGUGGCCCAUUCUGG